UGAAUCUGAGAUGGCAAUGCCUCUCAAAGCACUGCUUUUAAGUAUAUAUGAAGGCAUUGCAUGAUAUGGCUGUGAACCUCUCGCUAUCACUAUCAGUCCCCUCUCUCACCCUAAAGCAAAUCAAACCAACAAUGGCCACUUCUCUCCUUUCGCUCUCCUUAUUCCUUAUCUCCUUCCCCUUUCUCCCCAUCCAAACAGCACUUUCUUCUUCAACAGAUUCCUUCGUGUUCGGGGGCUGCACCCAACAAAAGUACGCACCCGACUCGCCCUAUGAGUCCAACCUCAACUCCUUGCUUACUUCCCUUGUUAACUCAGCCACUUAUUCCUCCUACAACAACUUCACCAUCGUGGGUUCAAGUCCCCAAGAUGUUGUUUACGGCCUUUACCAGUGUCGUGGCGAUCUCUCCAUGCCGGACUGCGCCACCUGCGUUGCCCGUGCAGUGACCCAAACCGGUUCCUUAUGCCCAACCUCCUGUGGUGGGGCGGUGCAGCUGCAAGGCUGCUUCAUUAAGUACGACAACGCUACGUUCCUGGGAAUUGAGGAUAAGAAUGUGGUGCUCAAGAAGUGUGGGCCGUCGGUGGAGUUUGAGAAGGAGUCGGAGAUUGUAGGGGGUAGAGAUGCGAUGAUGGCGGGGUUGAUGGGCGGCGGAGGGCUGUUCAGAGUCGGUGGGUCGGGUGAAGUCCAGGGUUUGGCCCAAUGUGUGGGGGACCUUAGCUUGGCGGAAUGUCAGGAUUGUUUGUCUUCCGCCAUCCAACGGCUGAAAAGCGAAUGCGCCGCAGCCGCUUAUGGUGACAUGUAUUUAGGCAAGUGCUAUGCUAGGUUCUCCACUGCUAACGAUAAUGGUCACUAUUAUCCUAAAUCCCAUAACGAAAAAUCUGGCAACGACGGUGAGAAGACGUUUGCAAUUAUCAUUGGAUUACUGGCUGGGAUCGCUUUGCUCAUCAUUUUUCUUGCUUUCCUAAGAAAAGUGGUGGACCGAAAUGGUAAAUAAUAUUCCAACUUUUCCAGAAUCCAGAUCAUUAAGGGUAGAAUUGAUUAUCUUCUAUUCAAUUUUUUUUUUUUGUUCCAACUUUUAUCUAAAGCAAAGACAAGAUGGAAAGACGUGCCAAUUUAAAGUUAUAAAGGAAAAAAGGGAACCAAGAAGAAAACAGUGUAAGGCUAAGAUUCCACACUCUCACAAAGUUGGCUUUUCUUGUCUUGUCUUAAUGUGAAGAGAAAACAGUUUCUUAUUGUUAUUGCAAAGCUGUGAUUUUAUUUGUGCAUGUUA